AUGGCCGAAGACACACCAGCCUCAGAGACGUCGCCCAGUAGCAACACAGUCACUGAGAAUCCGUCGUCGAACCCAUCUGCCUUCUUAGCACCGUCAGACUUCCUCCCGGGACUGCCUCCUUCGACGGAAACACCGUCCACUGCGUUGGGACCCGAGCGAGAAACACCCCCGGCGGAGGAAGGCUCGACCGAAGAUGCGACGCAGGGCGCUGCUCCGUCGAAGGCGACAGUUGAUGCGCAAGGCAGGACGCUGAACCCACGAUCGUGUGUGACAUGUAGGAAGAGGAAGGUGAAAUGCGACAAGCUGCAUCCAUGCAGCAACUGCAAUCGAGCACACAUCGAAUGCGUCUUCCCGGCUCCAGGUCGAGCGCCGAGGAAGGUGCGCAAGGUUAGCGAAGGCAAGGACAAAGGGCUGCUGGACAGGCUCCGCCGCCUGGAAGGUGUCGUCAAGGGCAUGGGCGUGGAUGCUUCGGGUGCACCAACCAAGGACGAAGAUGGCGCCGAGCAGGAGCACCGUGCGGGCAGCAUGGAUUUCACAAAUGGCCAUGGCCCCAAUUCAGAAGUCACGACUUUGCCACAAGACCCAGAUCAAGAGUUCCAGAAGAGGUCGAGGUGGGUGGAGCGGCAGCAAAGCGGCCGCUUCGAGAACAGGUUUGGUCGACUUGUCGUCAACGAGGGCAAGUCACGUUAUAUCAACAAUUCGUUCUGGGCGAACCUCAGCAACGAAGUGGAAGAUCUGAAAGGUAUCCUUCAUCAGUCCAGUGACGAGGAAGACAACGUCGACUCGGGCUCCCCAACUUCUCAGACACAAGUGCCCAGCAACCAUCAUGGAUUCAUCUUUGGCUACAGCUCGCAGAACGUGGAGCUGCUCAACUUACACCCACUUCCAGGACAGAUUGCCGAGUACUGGGACAUCUACAAGGACCGCGUAGACCCCCUUUGCAAAGUGCUUCACAUCCCUACCACAGAGGCGACGGUGCUAAGCGCGGCGUCACAUCUGUCGAACCUCUCUCGAGGAUUCGAGUGCCUGCUAUUUGCCAUCUACUAUGGUGCUACCACCAGUCUUUCAGCUCAAGACUGUCUACUCAAGCUGGGCGAGGAGAAGUCAACUCUCUUGGCCAGAUAUCGCUUCGCCAUCGAGCAGGCUCUGGCGCGAGCUAACUUCUUGACAACAGAAGAGAUUGUCGUCUUGCAGGCAUUUGUCGUCUUCCUGAUGUGCUUGAGACGCAACAACGAUGCUCGAGUCAUCUGGACGUUGACUGGUCUCGUGGUGCGAAUCUCUCAGACCAUCGGCAUACACCGUGACAGCUCGCACUUUGGCCUUGCGCCGUUUGAGGUUGAGAUGCGGCGCCGUCUGUGGUGGCAGGUUUGCAUACUUGACACUCGCGCAAGUGAGGAUCAUGGCUGCGAUCCUACCAUCGUUGAGCAGUCUUUCGACACCAAGAUGCCACUGAAUGUCAACGACGUGGACAUCACACCAGAGAUGAAGGAGUUCCCACUCGAACGGCAUGGCUGUACAGACAUGUCAUUCUGCUUGUUGCGGUUCGAGGUUGCAAACACUUUCCGAAGGAUCAGCUACAUUCCACCUGGGCCACCCAAAGCAUGUAGCGACUUCUACCAGUCGGUGACCCUGGAAGACAAAGAGCGAUGGAUUACAGAAUGUCAUCGACGACUUGAAGAGCGGUACCUCAAGCAUUGCGACAUGAGUGCUCCAUUUUUCUGGGUGACAGCGACAGUGGCACGCCUGAUGAUGAGCAAGAUGUGGCUUAUGGUAUACCAUCCUUUUCAACGCCAAGAUGGCGGCGCAACACUUUCCGAGGAUGUGAAGGACAAAUUGUUCAUCACCAGUCUGGAGAACAUGGAGUACAGUAUCUUACUCGAGACCGAAGUUAGAACCAUGAAGUGGGGCUGGCUUUUCAAGACGUACGUGCAAUGGCAUGCGCUUGCCUUCUUAUUGUCGGAGCUUUGCCAUCGCACUACCGGCGACAUCGUCGAGCGCGCAUGGGUGGCGGUCGAAAAGACACGCGACGGCCGGUGGGGUGGCCAGAUCCAAGAAGAGACGAACACUGGUCACCUGUGGCGACCGCUCAAGAAGCUGUACCGGAAAGCCAAGGAUGCUCGAGAACGUGGUCUUCAAGAGGAGCAGCUUGUUCAACAGAGAUUGGCGAAGCCACCUACGAGGACAUACAGUCCUAAUGAGAACCCGAUGUUUGGACAUCCGCAGAAACCACGCAUGGUCAGAGCGCCACUUAGCUCCGCACAAUUGCAACGCUUCACCGAAGGCCCAACUUUUGGUCAAGCGCCGUUAGACAAGCACGAACUCCUGCGAUCGCCAAAGCUGAGCCAGGCAAAGGUGGACGACCCUAUGGACACAGCAGGCUCAACUGCAGAUAUCCUUCAACAGCCCUUGCUACAAGACCUCGACCAGAACCUGGUUGGUGGACAAGUACAAGGCCUCAACAACAUGCAAUUCUCUAUGCCGCCCAACAACCAGCCUAUUGUCGCGCCACGAGCGCAGCUUCGCCAGAACGCGCCGCAUUUCGGGAACAACUUCCUCGGCGUGACUGGCAGUAUUGACUUCAAUGACUUUCCCAACGGUAACAAUGUCAUGGCUGUGAACGCACCCGAUCCCAACCAAAACAAUCACAUGCGUGCUAAUUCUCUGGAUACUCUUGAGGACGAUCUCAACAUUAUGGACACCUCAGGUGACUUGAACUGGGAGAACUGGGAUCAGCUGGUGAGGCAGUUUGGCAUGGAUAUUGAGUCGAAUCCAGCUCCUACUGGGAACGCUAUGACCUGGAAUGCUCCGAACUUCGAGAUGGGCACUAAUGGUCAGAAUCUACGGAUGGGGAUGGGCAUGGGUGGGGGCGACUGGUUCUGA